AUGACUUCGGCGGCCUGGUCUCCCACUUCCCAAUUGGUCCCCCGAGCACAACUCGCCAUCGAAUCGUUCGAGAAGCUACUACUGCAGAUCAUGCAAACAAGUCGUGUCAUACUACUGGCGGCCGCCGUGUUCCUCGCAUCUACAGAGGCAGCCAGCGCAGUCCGAGUCGCUAAUCCUUCGUCCGCUGCGGCCGAUGUCAAGUCCGUUGAAACGGGCUUAUUAAGAAAGCUGUCAGACAAGCUGAAUGGCCUCCUCGAGAGGGUCGGUCUUUCUAAGAGGAAUGUCUAUGAGGACCACCUCAGAAAAAUACUUGACGAAAAAUAUAAUGGAUUCGCGCUGAAAAACAUGAUCGCGUAUUUGAAAGGUCAAGGCAUUGAAGGGGAGACACUUGAACAAACAGCAAAGAAGGCUGCACGUGCUGAAAUCGUAGAAAAGCUGGCAGAGGUCUACGUCAGCAAGCAAGUAGCGAAGGGUGGUGAAGUGGUAGAUGUAUAG